CGCUCUGCACGUACUCACAUGGGGUGUCCCUGUGCCCAAACAACGCCUUCUCUCUCUCUCUGAAUAGCUGCCACCCUGCCUGCUCGCUUCUCUGUACAAAACUUUGUCCUACUCUCUCUCACUCUCACUCUCUCUUCCUGUAAAGCAAAUCGGCGUGAACCUCAAAAUCCGGUAACGCACGCGAAAAGCGUCACCGAUUCGAGCCACCGGGGGUCGCGGGUUUCGUCUUCCAUUGAAGCUUUCGCUGAGGUUCGAAUGCGGAAGCAGCAUCCGUCGAUUCCGAGCUCGGACUGAAGUUUGUAAGCUACUUUCGAAGCUCGAAGAUCCCCGCAGGGAAAUGGGGUGCGCGCAGUCGAAGAUCGACAACGAGGAGUCGGUGACGCGAUGCAAGGAGCGGAGGAACCUCAUGAAGGACGCGGUCACGGCGAGGAACGCCUUCGCGGCGGGCCACACGGGGUACGCCAUGGCGCUGAAGAACACGGGGGCUGCGCUGAGCGACUACGGACACGGCGAGGCCGAGGAGAGCUUCGACCACGCCCUCCGCAGCCAUGCCCCGCUGGACGCUACCCCGCCGCCACCGCCGCCGCCGCCACCGCCGCCGCCGCCGCCGCCGCCGCCGCCCCCGAUGGACAGCCUCCUGCCGCCUCCGCCGCUGCCGAACUUCUCGCCCAGCCCGCUCGAGAGAGCCACGAGCAUGCCGGAGUUCGCGGUGCCGCCGAGGCAGAAGCCUAUAGCGAGGGAAGAAUCGGUCGCGAUUGCGGAGGAAGAGGAGGAAGAUGAGAACGAAGCGAAUGAAGAGGAAGAAGAGGAGAAGAUGCAGAAUCUCCGGCGGCCGCCUCGUCCGGGGCCAAGGAAGAGUAGCACGGCAGUUGUUCCUCCGGUGAGCAAUCCGGUCCCGCCAAUGCCGGAGUCGAAAGGUAUGGCGUGGGAUUACUUCUUCAACGUGGAUCACAUGCCAUGUCCGAGUCUGAACGAUGAAGAGGAGAUCAAUAACGAGAACGAUGAGAGUGAAGGCAUCCGAUUCUCAGAAAUGGGCAACGGGCUGAAUGGAAAUGUGGUUAUGGAGGUCGAACCAAAGACGCCGGAGAAAGUGGUGGAGACGAAAGUAGCGGAGGAGGAGCAGGAGAGUGGCGUGAAGGAAGUGGGUAAUAAGCAGAUUGAGCAUUCGAGUACUACUCCUGCCCAAUUUAGCAGGAAAGUGGGUAAGGCUGUAAAUGGGGUUAGUCUGAUGAAGGUGCUGAACGACAUUGACGACCAUUUCCUCAAGGCUUCCGAGAGCGCACAGGAGGUCUCGAAAAUGCUCGAGGCGACACGGUUGCAUUACCACUCGAAUUUCGCCGACAAUCGAAAUGACACAGGUCACAUUGAUCAUUCUGCGAGGGUCAUGCGUGUCAUCACAUGGAAUAAGUCAUUCAGAGGUGGUAUACCCAAUGGUGACAGUGGUAAGGAUGACCUUGAUACAGAUGAAUAUGAAACUCAUGCCACAGUUUUGGAUAAGCUAUUGGCCUGGGAGAAAAAGCUAUACGAAGAAGUGAAGCAAGGUGAGCACAUGAAGCUGGAGUAUCAGAAAAAGGUGGCUUUGCUAAACAAGCAGAAGAAACGUGGUGCUAGUGCUGAAUCUCUGGAGAAAACAAAAGCAGCUGUAAGUCAUUUGCAUACUAGAUAUAUAGUUGACAUGCAGUCCAUGGAUUCAACUGCUUCAGAAAUAAACCACAUAAGGGAUGGAGAGCUGUUCCCAAAGCUUGUGCAACUCGUUGAUGGGAUGGCGAAAAUGUGGGAAAGAAUGUGCAUGCAUCACAAUGGCCAGCAAUCUAUUGUUAGUGACCUGAUGUCCCUGGACAGCUCGCAUGCUCCCAAGGAAACAACCAAGCAUCACUAUGACCGCACAGAGCAACUUCAUAAAUUUGUUCUUGAGUGGCAAUCACAAUUUGGAAAGCUCGUUACCCAUCAGAAACAAUACAUCCAAGCUUUGAACAGCUGGUUAAAGUUAAAUCUUAUUCCCAUUGAGAGUAGUUUGAAAGAAAGAAUCUCAUCUCCACCCAGGGCCCAGAAUCCUCCAAUCCAAGCUCUGAUAGUCUCGUGGUAUGACCAUCUUGAAAAGCUUCCUGAUGAGCUUGCCAAGUCUGCUAUUUCGGCAUUCGCUGCCGUAAUAAACGCCAUCGUGGCAUAUCAGGAAGAGGAGAUGAAACUGAAAGACAAGUGUGAGGAAACUAGGAGAGAGUUCUUGCGCAAGAACCAGGCAUUCGAGGAUUGGUACCAGAAACACAUGCAGCGAAGGGGGGCCGACGAAACUAGAACAGAAGAUGCUAACCAUCACGACCCAGUGAUAGAGCGGCAAGCAGCAGUGGAAAUCUUGAAGAAGAGGUUGGAAGAGGAAGUUGAAGCUCACCAAAGAGUCUGUAUUCAGGUCAGAGAGAAGUCGCUGGGGAAUCUCAAGAAUCGCUUGCCCGAGCUCUUCCGAGCCAUGUCGAACUACACACAAGCCUGUGCGGAAGCUUAUAAAGAUUUGAGGUCCAUAACGCAAUCACAGAGAUGAAACAGGGUUUCCUCCUAGAAUGGUACCACCUGUUUCAUUAGGAGGAAGUGUUUUAAGUUCGAACUUCAAUAGGAUAUCGUCGUACAUAUUUCCAUACAGCCUCGACUGUUAUCAUCUGUUUAUAUCCGACGGUCACCUUCCACAUGAACAUGCGCAUGUUCAGAUGGAUGGUUUGGUAAUUUUGAAGUGAAUGUCCAGGCGAUCUACUAUAUGGCUUCUUCAUGAGUU